UCAAGUGAGAAAGCGGUAUUUCGGAAUGUGCUCUACUGGUUCUUGAAAAUUAUAGGUUCCUUAAAUGAAAUACUACCACAGGGAUUUGAAUAACUCUUGUUUUAUUUGCGUUAAAGAAUACGCACAGCUAUAGAGGGAGUCGUUCCGCCUACUGUCUUAGCCGUUCUACCCAGGAUUUGCUCAAGCUGACUUCACAAGCAUGUCUGCUGAACCGAGUGAGACACUUGAAUUUUUAAAGAAGGCCUCCCUCUAUUACAAAGACAUCUGUCCGGAGCAAGCCCGAUUGCUCAUGCGAAGACACCAGUGUAUGGAAGCUGAGAAGGUGACAGAGGGAGUGCUUUGCCCAUUCUGUUUCCAGUGGCGACAGGCAGACAACCACCAUGUGAGGCUGAAGCCCAAAGGCAAGGUGUCCCUGAGGGAGCGGAAAGCCCUGAGGAGGGAGGCGGCUCGUAAGGUCCUCAGCCCGGACCAGCUGAAGGCCCUGAAGAGGUACCGGAGCUCCUCCAGCACUCUGAUGGCGACUUGCCACACUUGCAACAAGACUUCGAAGAACCGUGGAGCGAGCCGGGAUGUUUUGGCAGCCAUCUCCAAGGGCCAGGCCACACCCGGGAACAGCGGGAAACAGAAGGGGGCGAGCAGAACCCCCCACUCGGGAAAUGGAGGAACGCUGCCCAAGUCUGCAGAGAAAACGCCCUAUGGAACGCCAAGGUCUGCUUCCUCCCAGCCCAGCGGCUCCGCAUCAAAGUCGGCUGACGGGAAAAAGUCUGCGUUUGCCCGGCUCAGGAAGCUCCUGGUGCUGGAGGACACACCGGCGAGCAAAAAAGGGGGCCUGAAGGCCUUCCUCUCCUCCCUCUGAGCCCCGGGGACCCCGUAAACCCCCAUCACAGCCCCCGGCUGAAGCAGAACAACUCUCCUGGAACCCAGAGCAGCAGGCGAGGGCCUCCUCCGUAGUUAAAUUAACGCUGCUGCUCUGAAAGGUCACGCCCCCUCUCACACCACUGUCCCGCGGGAAACAAUCCCAACAACACUCUUCGGGAAUUUCUCACUCCUCUGUGGGGAACAUAGGUGCUGAAAAGAAUCCCUUCUCUCCCAUAAUAUGUGUGUGCAAUGUUGCACCGGGACAGGGAAUUUCCACAGUGCACAAGACAGUGUACUUGCUCAUGAGUGGAUUUCUUUCAUUAGCCAAGCUUUUUAGGUAUCGUAGUGGCAAGAGGUCCACGUACCAUUUUUUACAUGACUAGACUCUGACAUAACUAAGACAUGGUUUUUGAAAUCAGCGACUCUUAUAAUCUUGUUAAAUCACAACACUAAACAGCACUGUUGGUGUGCACAGAAUUGUAUCUGUGGCACUUUGACUUUGAGUCAUCGUGCAACUUUGAGUAUUGACAGAGAUAGAUGGAUUUGUUUAAACUGUGUUAUAGUGAUGGUUGGUCCAGAUGAUAUGGCCAGAAAAGGGCUUCUGUGGAGCACACUGUUUACAUAAAUAAGGGUGUUUUGCCUUAUGACUUUAUAAAGAUUAUUUUUGUACAAAAGACCAAAGAAAGGCUGCGGCCAUAAUAUUUUUUUGUCUUUGUGUGCAAUACCAUUUAUACUGAUAGAUAUUUUUUACUGACUAGUUUGUGAGGAUACAUGUAGAUUUGCAAGGGCUUUCAAAUAGACAUUUUUCCACUUUCUGAAUUGUAACUUUAAUAUAAUGUUCAAGUAGUUAUACCGUAGAUGGUAAUGAAAUUAUAUCAUUUGUAUUUAACAGUGUCAUUGAGAUAGAGUUUGAAGUGCAGUAUUAUUGAGCAGGAAGUACAAUGAAUUCUUGUAUGUCACACACUUUCCUCCUAACAGGUAUAAAAUGGAAUGUUCUGGGCAGAAUCUGAUGUUGAAAGCGCUUGUGUAGAAAAAUAAAAUGACCUUUUCACCAA